CUGGGGUAAUACGUCCGAUAGAUCUUUAAAGAUCGUAGACUACAAUUUAUUCGUCAGGAGGUAGUCUGACUGAAGUCACGAUUUUGUUUUUGGAUUUUUUUUUUCGAUCCAGGGUUCAUACUCGGGACAUUGGCGCUAUAUGGAGAUCCAGAAGCAAAAGAACGGAUGUCAAAUGCCGAAUGCAUUGAAACUGUCGAAUGGAUUCAUUUUACCCGAAGGCAAAAUGACGCCGAACACACUCUUCGUCGGUGGCUUCGACAUGAAGGUGGACGAGAACGAAAUCAAGGACUUCUUUGCCGCCUACGGCGCGGUGAAGGAGGUGAAGAUCAUCACGUACCGCGGCGGAAUAUGCAAAGGAUAUGGAUUUGUGUCUUUCAAUGAAGACGUGGACAUUCAGACGAUCAUUGAACAACAGCUGAGUUUUAAAGGGCGGAAGCUGAAGCUGGGCCCCGCCAUUAUGAAGGAGCGCAGUGCGCGCUCGAUCCAGUCCCAGCUGGUUGGCCCCUCCCCCUGGGGGGGCCCCACCCAGUACAUGUACUGCAGCUGCUGCACCCCCCCAGCAGGGGCCCCCCAGCCCUCCACCCUGCUCAACGGAGGAGUGCAGUACAUACAGCCUUACUCCUACUCCAGCCUCCCCAGUGUCUUCAUCCCCCAGGUGCCCAUGAGCUACUCUCAAGCAGCGUACACCUACCAGUACGCGUCCCCUCAUUGGUCAGGAGAACAGAGGACAAGACUUGUGAAUCAGAACUUUGUGGACUGUGGGGUGCAGACACUGCUGACUCUCCUGUAGCUGCCUUAAGCGAUGGCUCCAGAAUUAACCUCCUGCAGCAAAGCUGAGACUUUUAAAAUGAGACCUUCCAGGAUGUUCCUCGCUGAACGUUUUAAAGCCAUGGGCAGGAAGUGGGGUGACGGGGUCACAGGAAGUGUCCCUGAUCUCCACAGGAAGUGCCUUGAACUACACAGGAAGUGCCUUGAACUACACAGGAAGUGCCCCUGAACUACACUUGGAACCCUGCACCUCUGCUGGUCCGACUCUUUUAAAAAGCGCUUGAUGUUAAACCGUCUGGGGGAAAAUAAUAAUAAUAAUUUAAAAAACACCUGGUUUGUUUUCUUCUCCUCCACUUUGGGGGUUCUUUUCCUUUUGAUUAAUUUCCCCGUGCCAAAGACUUUUUAAAGAAGGCUCACCUGUGGUAUUUAUUUUGAUUAUAUUUUGUGAUCAUUUUUAAUGUCUUUCAUGUGUGUGAGGGUCCUGGGCUCUGUUUGUACAUGAGUUAGCCACCAGUGCGAAGCUUUUGGUGUGUGUUUGCGUGGUUCUGUAGGUUUUUUUUGGGGUUUUUUUUUGUUGAUUAAUUGGUAAUCCAGUCUAAGUUUUACCCAAGAAGAGAUCAGAUGUGUGAAUGAUGUCGGCUACUUUACCGAGGUGUUUGUUUUUCUUGGGUUCUGUCCUGAUCUGGUGGGUAAAUGCUGCUGGUGACUUUCCAAAGGGGGUUUGGUGCGCUAAUUAUAUUUCUCUUAUCACUGAAAUUCCAUUAAUUUGGUGGCAUAUUUAUUUUCUGAAGAUACAGGAAGACCUCGGUCUCUUCUGGAGCAUAAGUCACGUUAGUUCCCACCGUUGUUUUGGGUUUUUGUUUGUGUGCCUCCGACAGAUUAUGAGCCUCUGUGUCCAAAUUAGCGAUCACCGCACCCUCACCGCUGGAGCUGUCCCCCUUCUCCUGCCUGAGGCGAGAGCACUCACUACGUUUACUACGUUUACUACGUUUACUAUGUUUACUACGUUUCACUUGUUCUCACACAAAAAAAGAAAAAAAAAGUUUGCUUUACACCUUCUGUUCCUUUAGAAAGGUUUUAUUUGGGUUUGUUCACGUUUUGAAGUUGCACUUGAAAGUUGUUCACUUAUCAGAGUUGUACAGUUCAAUUGGGGACUUUGGGUUUUUGUAUUUAUUUUUUGUUGAAAAGCCUGCUUUGUUAAAGUUGGAAGUUAAGCUGUUGAUGCAGCCUUAGUGUUUCCUGGCAGAAGGCCUCUGCUUGCGGUGUCCGUGCUCUUGGCCAAUGGGGUGGUGAGGGUGUCCGUGCUCUUGGCCAAUGGGGUGGUGAGGGUGUCCGUGCUCUUGGCCAAUGGGGUGGUGAGGGUGUGUGUGCGCAGUGUCGCACUACAGAGAUCCUGGCCACGAUACUCUCUUAAAACCCGCAUCAAAUCAAUUCUCCUUUUGCUCAAUGUACAUGUUCUUCUGCUGUGAUUGCCUGCAAAUCAUUUUCUCAAACCAGAAUCCCGCCCCCUUCCCUGGGCUUUGUGGGAGUUUGAGUCCCUGCCGGGAUCGGUUGGUUUGCCAAGGCUGGAGGUUUCACACGGCCUUCAGAGCAGAAUGUUACGGUUGGGUUUUUGUGGUUUUUGCGGUUUGGUAGUUUUUGUUGCGGUGUUGCCGGGGAAUAUCAGGUUUGUUUCUGGUGUUUUUGUUUUGUAUCUUUUUGUUGAAUAAUAAAAAUAAAGUUUGUUUGCACAGCUGCUA